GUCAUGUAGUGGUUGACACCUCUGUCUAAAAUGGCAGUCAAAGCACUUGGACCCAGUCGAAAUGUUUUCCUUUAUUGCUGCUUGAAUUACAUCAGCUUCACCGCUGUUUGUGGCACUCUAAGAGUGACAACCAAUCAGAGCCUCGUCAUUGGGUUUGUGAACCGAUCAGUCCUCCUUCCUGCUGUCUACAUCCUGUCUGAGCAACCCCUCUUCAUGCAGAUAAACUGGGACUUUGGACUGACCCCAGUCAUCCUGCAGACCAUCCACUUCCAAGGUGGCAAGGCCUCUGAAGACCCCAGAAAGAGCUUUGUUUCAGAGAAGCAGUAUCAGGGGCGAGUGGCAGUGUUCCCUCAGAACGGGUCUCUUCUUAUCGAGAAUCUUACGUUGAGUGACAGCGGGACAUACAGGAUCACCGUGAAGAACUCGCAGACUGGCUCUCCGCAAAGAGUGUACGUGGUCCUCAAGGUUUUGCAGAGCGAAGAAGCCAGCAGUACCUACCUUGGUUUAGAGGGUGAUGAAGUGAAUUCCACGGAUGCACCCCUGGGUCAAAGCCCUCGGGUCGUUCUCAGUGGAGUGGGGGUGGCUGUGGCCAUGGAAGCAGUGUCCUUCGGGAUUUCCAUUGCCCUGCUCCUGCUCAUCUAUCUCAUUGCAAAGAAGACCUGUCUGACCAGAAGGAAUGGGUUUUGCAAGGUCACAUUCUAAAUCUGACAGUUCCAUUACAGUUUGAUUAAGAAGCCACACUGGACAUUACAGAAGCUUCUACAAGAACAUAUCAAACUAAUGUUCUGGGUUUACAUUGGUCAGCCCUGAAUCUGCCUGGCUUUAAAUUUACCAGAUAACUCCAAGUGCGUGUGCAGCUGUGGUACUGGCAAAAACAGCAGGUGUCUGUGCUUCUGUUGAAUUGAGACCCUGAAACGCAUGUUUUCAGGUGUAGAAGAACCUCUGUCUUUUAUCCUCCGCACCCCGUAGCAUUGGCUCCUGUGCUCCCACGUGUAAAGGAGGCAAGAUCUUCCGGGAUCAAGUCACCUCACUCAGCUGCAGCACACACUACUGGCCAGGUGCACCACUACAAGGCUAGCCUGUAGAUUGCCAGCAUCCACUGUUGAGCUGUUGAGUAUAAGAAGCUAUUGGCACCAGGAAAACCUCUAAAUUGGCACAUCCAGCUCGAUUUGAAAAAUGUAAUUGCAUCUGGUCCAUAUUUAUUGUAUUCUAUUUCGCUGGAUUUAGAAUUAUUUCUGUAUGAUCAAAUUAUAAUGUGUAGUGUUUCAUUUUAGAUGACCUCCUAUUGAGCGUGCGACACCUGCUGGUGAAACAUUGUAUUGCAGUAAUACUCUUACAAACUGGCUUCUUCUCAGAUGAUUUACCUAUGGCAAACCCAGUCUCAUACGUUUCACUAAUAUGUUCGUUGAAAGUAAGAUUGAAAGCAGUAAUAAUACAAAAAUAAAAUAUUUUUGUUUGAUUCCUUUUUUAAAAGAUGAUGAAAGCCAGGAAAACUGUCAACACAUUUUACAUUUUAAUACAUUUCAGAAAUACAGAGUGGACCACUUGGUACCAGAUAAGUUCACAUUAGUGAUUUGUUCAAAGUUUGUUCUAUAUAAUGCCUGGUCUACCCUUCUAGAAGUUUGCUACAGUAAAUCUGCAUGGUAUAUUUGCAGUUUUUGCAUGCUGGUCCCAUGGUUUCCCAAAGUUUGCCAUGAGUUUUUUAUUUUAUAUUUUUGGUUUCAGUCUGAUUUUCCAUACCUCUCUCUGUGCUUUGCAAUGCUAACGUGUACUUUUCCAUACUUUCAGCACGCUUUAUUACAUUUUGGUAUACUUUUACUAUGGGACACUUUUAGAAGGGUAGUCUUUGCUUUAUUCUCUUGAUACUAUGUGUUUUACAUAUUUACUAUAUAAUUCAGAUACUGAAGUUUAAUUUCUACAGCGGUUAGCAGUAUGCAUUUCAUUGUGGUACCUGGUUCAGAAUUUGAUCAAUUCCAUGCCAAAUUUAAUUUUGCCACUGGGUGGCAGUAUGAGACUACAUUAGAUUAAAGUUGCCUUAUACACCAGGCAAACGGAAUGCUUUUGCAAGUUCAGUGCAUUUCACCACAAGGUGGCAUCAGAGACCAAAUCAAGAGGAACAGUAGGAAUCAACAGUGGCACUGGAACAAAUUUUAAAGUGGGGGUGCUGAAAGCCAUUUAACAAAAUGGUAACCCCUGUAUAUGAUGGAGGCCAUGCAAUACCAGGGGGUGCUACUACACCCCCAGCACCUUUGUGGGAUCAAUGUUAAAAUUAAUAAACUUAUUAUUCUUGAAAUGGAUCCCACAACGAGUACUCCAGUGAGUAACUGGAUUAAAUAAUACUCUUCUUACUCAUAGGAGGCUGUGUGGUCCAGUGGUUAAAGAAACAGGCUUGUAAUUAGCAGGUAUCCAGUUCAAAACCCAGCUCAGCCGCUUACUAAUUCUGUGAUCCUGAGAAAGCCACUUAACCUCCUUGUGCUCUUUCUUUGAGGUCAGACGUUCCUGUAAGUGACUCUGCAGCUGAUGCAUUGUUCACACACCCUAGUCUUGUAUCUUGUUAAGCAGGUUGUGAUGGUGGUCCACUAUGAAAGGCACUAUAUAAAGAUUAUUAUUAUUAUAUACAUGUUUACACCAGUAAAUUUGCAUGGUUAUUUUGCAGGGUUUUUUGUACUUUUUCCGUAGUUAUCCCAUCCAUGUAUACUAUAGUUCACCACAGUAUUUUUGUAGUGUUUUUGCAGUUUGCUUGUUUUUCCCAUGGUUACAA